AUCUGGAGUGUGGAGAUGUGCCCCUGCUCACUCCAGGGAGUAAAGAGAUGAUGUCUCAGGCUCUGAAGGCCACGUUCAGUGGCUUCACAAAGGAACAGCAACGACUGGGCAUUCCCAAAGGUAAGGCACUUAAACAAGGGCUUACUUUCUCUUUCUGGGUCUUUCUCUCUCUUUCUCUCCCUCUCUCUUUUUCUCUUCCUAGCUCUCACUUUUAAUGCAUAUUUUUUAGAUUACCCACUGUGACAUGUUUCCCAAUACACACUCAAAACCUAAACCCAUCCUCUCAGUAUGACUAAAGAUAGCUAAGUGGUGACAUUAUAUACAACAUGACAGAUUGAGUGUACUGGCUGUCAGACAGAUUGUAGGAAUCAGAGAAAGCCUGGGUAGAGAGACAGACAGAAAUGAUUCAUUAUGGUUCCUCGAUUGAGGCAUACCACAGGGCUCAUCAUUUUGGUAUUAUAGGAUGCAGCAGGUCUAUGUUGGGUUUCCCCAGUCCAGCCCACCCAACCAGUCUGCAAAUAGCUGGGGUUUCACUGACAGUCUAUUGUUACUGUCACCACGUAUCUGCACCACCUCUCCUCUUACCUCAAAUAGCAGCAGCAGGUCUAAAAUCGUGACCCACUGAAACUGCUAAUGAAAAUGAAUGUGCUACAUAAAUGUCUCUGUGGCCUGAUAAUACCUAAUCUCCAUUCUAGUUCAGGGGAAUGUAGAUUAAAACAGUGGAGUGGAGGUAUCUUGUGACCAUGUAUAUGACUGUGACCUCAGGUAGCCCUUCAGUGACAUGUCCCUCCCUCUCCCCCCAUGUCUCUCUCAGACCCCAGGCAGUGGACAGAGAGCCACGUGGGAGAGUGGCUGAUGUGGACGGUGAACGAGUUCAGCCUGAAGAGUGUGGACUUCCACAAGUUUUGUAUGAACGGGGCCAGUCUGUGUGCUCUGGGGAAGGAACGCUUCCUGGAUCUAGCGCCUGACUUUGUGGGCGACAUCCUCUGGGAACAUCUAGAGAUGCUUCAGAAAGGUAGGCCCAGGCUGUAGCAUGAUGUACUACAGUACCCAUAUUGCUCUGUACAACAUAUCAAUCAGGGUCGGGCUCAAUUCAAAUUGAAGGCAUUUAAAAUUCAGAAAUGUCCACAUUUUUUAUAUAAAUAUUUUUUUGAUUAUUAAAUUGUAAUUUCUGUUUACUUCCUGAAUUGAAUUAAAAAUUGAGCCCAACCCUGGUAUCAAUCACAAGCCUCAGAAAUGCCUACUGUACCUAUCACAUUAGCUGUAGUGUGUAUUGAAGCACAGCAUUGUCUAUCUUUGUGCAAAACGGUUUCAAGUGUUAGCGCUGUUUGCAUUUACAUUGUAAUCUGAGACGAAGAGGAAGACCUCCCUUUCCUCCUGGUCAUUAAUAUUUAAUCAGCCAGGCCCAACCAUACUGGAUGCAGUGUGUUUAUGGCUGUUAUAGGAUACAUUAAAUCAAUGACGGGGUCAGUGACGGUUGAUAUCUAUUUUUCAUAAAGAAGACACAAAGCAUUUCCCUGUCAACGGCCUGACCUCUACCUUCCAGGAAUCCCACUAUACCUCAGACUACUUUGUCAGUAAGUAUCACUGAGGAGACUAUAUCCUAUGUACUGUACAUAGUCUGGCUCUAAUGCAUCAAUGGCUUGUUAAUCCCUCUCUCUCUCUCUCCCCCUCGUUCUCUCUCUCCUCCUCCUCCUCCUCCUCCUCCUCCUGUGUUUCUCCAGGCUAUGGCAUUGAACAUGCCCAGUGCGUUCCUCCCUCUGAAUACUCCGAGCCGGGCUUCAUCACAGAGUCCUACCAGACCCUUCACCCAAUCAGCUCCGAGGACCUGCUGUCACUCAAGUACGAGAGCGAAUACCCCAACAUCCUCCGGGACAUGCCCCUCAACCCACUGCAGGGGGACUACUUCUCCGUCAAGCAGGAGGUGGUCUCCCCCGACAACAUGUGUGUGGGCCGCAUCAGCAGAGGUGAGGGGUCACAGACAAGAUGGUGAAGGAAAUGGUUGGAAAUCAAGGUUUAGUGAAGUGUGGCUGUUACAGCUGCUGUAUUUUAGGUGCCCUAUCUCAAAGAGGAACAAGUUCACUUGGGUAACUUGGGGCCAUAACAUGAGUAGGCCUGUAGUCCAAGUCUCAGUUGUGAUUAAGACUGAGACUCUGAUCAAUCCAUACAGUAUGAAUCUAUGAUAAGUAAUUCCACACGGUGUAGACACUUGUGUGAGUCUUGAGGUCUAGUUAAUUGUGUUGGGUUUGUGAACAUCACUGUGUGCGUGUGAUUUUGCUGAUGCUCUCCAAUCUUGCCCUGCCACAUCAGUGCAUGUACCAUGACAGAAGAAAGGAGGCCCUAUGGCUGGCUUGUGGUUCAAGCAAACCCGCCUCGAGGAUAAAAUAAAUACAUUGUUUGUGUCAAGAGUGAGAAGUGAACAAAGCCACAUGGUUCGUUAGAGCUGUCUGUCCCUAUAGCUUUCAUGUAAAUCAGCCCAAGCAAGGUAACCUUCAAGAACAACCACUUUUUUUCUCUCUCUCAACUUUCUCAUCUCUGUUUCUCACAUCUCAACCUUGAGGUUGUUCUCAGCAAGGACAGAGUGUCAGAGAGCGUGGGUUUUCUUUCUCAUGAACCGCUCUGUUUACUUUAUCACAUGCACAUCUGUUUGCUUUCCCACUGAUAGUUUGGAGAAGAAUUUACAGUGUGGUUUACAUUGAUACUAAUAAAGCUGGGAUUUUCUUCUCAAAUCCCCCAGCUGAACAAAUGAAUAGGGGGUAUCAGGGAGUUUACAGUACACAGGCCCAUACAGUGGACUGACUGGGUAUUCGCCUGCAAGGUAUGUCCAGGCCUCAUACAUAAUAAAUCACUGGGUUUUUGGCAGCAUAUUGUGCUUUCUCAAUGUGGGAAAGUAUUUGUGGCACCACCGAAAACCACAUGUGGCUUCAAUUUGUGCAAUUGAAGAUUUCAGCAUCAGUCGAGGCACUGGAUUAUCUUUCAUUCUUUAAUAGCUCUCAGUUGAAAUGGUCCUCUUAUCUUUGCAGAGGCCAGAAAUAGCAAGGCAAUUUGUAUUGAUCUUCUUCCAAUUAGACAAAACCAAAUGCCAGUUGCACAUGCUAAACUGAGUGUGAAAGGAAGGGACCAAGAUCAUACAUUGCGUCAUACAGAACAAAGAAGCUCAGUAAGAGUGUAAUUUACUGCCAAUGUCUAAUGUGUAUUCCUGCCAUAAAUAUUGUCCUCUUUCAAAUCGUAAUGUCCCUGCUCAAAACUAUUUACUUUCAGACAAUUAUAUUAUCAUUCCCUCUCACACUAUGAGGCAAUACAACUAACAGCUUAUGCUCUCCCCCUCUGUGUCUCUCAGGUAAGCUGGGAGGCCAGGACUCGUUUGAGAGCAUCGAGAGCUUUGAAAGCUGUGACCGUCUGACCCAUUCAUGGAGCAGCCAGUCCUCCUUCAGCAGUCUGCAGCGCGUCCCAUCCUACGACAGCUUCGACUCCGAAGACUACCCCAGCGCCCUACACGGACACAAGCCCAAGGGAACCUUCAAGGACUACGUCAGGGAGCGCUCAGACCUCAGCAAGGACAAA